UGCGCAGCGGCCAUUACACAGCAACGCGUUUGUGAGGAAGGUCGGGAGCGCGUCUAGUCAACGGAAAAAUCGCCAAUCGCACACCGCGGACACCGUCAAAAGACAUAUCUCAGUCACCGUGAAGUGUAGAUGAAAAAUAGCUGUCAUACGUCGUUUCGUGUUUGAUGAGCUGAUAUCCAAGUUUAACGGCGGUGUUUGGUGGUUGUGUUUUGUGUCGGCCCAGCGCAGCUCUCGUUUAAUUACCGGAGAAUCGGCGAGAAUUACCGCAGCAUCGCGCCGGUGAUGGAUGAUAAAGCGUUCACCAAAGAAUUAGACCAAUGGGUCGAACAGCUAAACGAGUGCAAACAGCUUACCGAGAACCAAGUGAGAACACUCUGCGAGAAGGCUAAAGAGAUUCUCACUAAAGAGUCCAAUGUGCAGGAGGUGCGGUGCCCUGUCACAGUGUGUGGAGAUGUGCAUGGCCAGUUUCAUGAUCUAAUGGAGCUCUUCAGAAUUGGAGGAAAGUCACCUGACACUAACUACCUGUUUAUGGGCGACUAUGUAGACAGAGGAUAUUACUCGGUGGAAACAGUCUCACUUCUUGUUGCACUAAAGGUUCGCUACCCAGAACGCAUCACGAUAUUGCGGGGAAACCACGAGAGCAGACAGAUCACACAAGUUUACGGCUUCUAUGACGAGUGCUUGAGGAAAUAUGGCAAUGCAAACGUCUGGAAAUAUUUCACAGACCUGUUUGACUACCUACCCCUCACAGCUCUGGUGGAUGGGCAGAUCUUCUGUCUGCACGGUGGCCUCUCUCCAUCCAUAGACACACUGGAUCAUAUUCGUGCACUGGAUCGUCUGCAGGAGGUGCCACAUGAGGGACCCAUGUGUGAUCUGCUGUGGUCAGAUCCUGAUGAUCGUGGUGGUUGGGGAAUCUCUCCACGUGGAGCCGGUUACACGUUUGGACAGGACAUUUCUGAGACCUUCAACCACGCUAACGGACUCACGCUGGUGUCUCGUGCGCAUCAGCUGGUCAUGGAGGGAUACAACUGGUGUCAUGAUAGGAAUGUUGUCACUAUCUUCAGUGCCCCAAACUACUGCUAUCGCUGUGGAAAUCAGGCAGCCAUUAUGGAACUGGACGAUACUCUUAAAUAUUCGUUCCUUCAGUUUGAUCCAGCUCCUCGACGUGGAGAGCCUCAUGUCACCCGCCGCACCCCUGACUACUUCCUAUAAGCAAGCACUAGCCUGCCAUGAAAGAACCCUAAAAGCAAGUGAAAAAAUUGACAUCUAUACAUCUGUUCAUCCAAUAUGUAUAUAAAAUAGGGGAAAUAUUCUGACACAACAACACUAACAUGGACCAAAAUGUGCCAUACAAGCAUUUAAUGCCCAAAUCUGAUCGCUCUGUCUCAGUACUGCAACAAAGUGUCUCGUUUUAGCCUAUAGUACAAAUUGCCUGCUGUAUACAAUGAAUAGAGAUGUUCCCUUUGUUCUUCAAUUGUAAAUGAGUUAAAAAAAAAAAAAAAAAAAAAAAAAAAAAAAAAAAAAGCAGAUGUGGCUAGCUUUCUCUCUCACAGUAUCACUGGAUAGGAAAAGUCCUUUAAGUUGGCAAUGCCAGGCAUGUGAAAAAUGGUAACAUUUUAUACAAGUGCACAAGCUGACAUCCUUUCCUUAUAUUCACCAAAAAAAAGUCCUAUUGGAAAGGAAUGUUGAAACCGAAGGACGUGCCUCUUCCAUUCUGGGAGUGUACACAAGUGUAUAUGGACUUUAUCUGACUGUCCCUCUUUGUCUAAUCUUACUAUUUUAUUUACUUUUGUGUUACCUGUUUUCAGUGUAUUUGUCAAAAAGUGAUAGCCUCUUCUUUGCUGUAUUUGAACUAAUAAACUACUUUUAAUCGCAAA